AUGUUUAAAAAGCGCUCUAGACCUGCCUCUGUCCGCGACAAACCCCGGACCGAAGAUGUAGAAGAAGGACAAGCUUCGGGCUCCGCCACUCCUGCCGGCGAGGACGAAGAUAAUGGCCACACAGUUGAAGAGCUGAUACUACUUCGCAAACUGAAAAAGUCUCAAACACACCAAGGCAUAGACCUCGAAAAGCUCAACCGCGGAGCCGACCCCGCCGACAGGGCGAAAGCUGCCAGGAGCAAAACGGAGCAAGACAUCAAGGGGGCCGAUGCGUAUGGAAUACAGAAGGGAGGAUUAAGUGGUGGUGGUGGUGGAGAUAAGGAUGACGAUCUGGCGGAUGAGACGGAGAAGGUGAAGAGGCUGGUCAGAGCCAACAACUUUACGGGGCAAACCAAUGCUCUUGAUGUGGAUAAGCACAUGACUGCCUUUAUAGAAAACGAGCUCGCCAAACGUCGCGGCCAAGCAGCCGCCACCACCUCCGAGAACCCCGAGCCGUACGACCCUCAAGCAGAGCUCUACAAGAUUGCCGAAAAGUAUCAACAGCUGGAGACGAGCAAGAAGAAGAAGGUGGACGAUGAUGAGGGGAAUGUAACCAACAGUCUAGGAAUGUUGACAAGUAUACCAGAGGUGGAUCUGGGAAUGGAUAAUCGUCUAAGGAAUAUAGAAGAGACAGAAAAGGCAAAGAGGGCGAUGAUGGAGUUGCGAAAGCAAGAGGCUGCGGCGGCGGCAGCGGCGGCGAGGGAGGCGGAGGAUCCGGGCUAUGCAGCCGCAAGAUUCUAUCGACCAAAUCAAAGAGUAGCGUCAGACCUCUAUACCUCCUCAUCAUUCGACAAUAAGCCUCAUGUCUCAAAUCGACCGGAAACAGCCACAGACGAACAAGUGUACGAGAGGUUCAAGAAGAGGUGA